AACAACGUUGCAGAGCGGUUAAACGAUUUGUGCGUCCUCCGCGGAAUCAACAAACGGCGCGCGCGAACGCGCGUGAAAUUCGGUCAAGUUUUCGUGAAGAUCCGGGCCCAAAAAUGAGCGAUUCCGAGAUGAAGGUCGUCGAGGAGGAGAAGGACGAGCCAAUGGAUGCUCCGGAAGGUGAGCAAACGGAAGCGCAAACCGGUGAAACCGGUUCCUCCGACAGCGACAGCAUGGACGAGAGCGAUGAGGAUGAUGACGACGGGGAGGCGCUUCUGAUCAAGCAGUACGUGGAGCAGUUGGCCAAAAUCGAUGAGGACAAGUUCAACUACGACAACUAUGUCCAGCUGCUGGAGAUUGCACAUAAGAUGACCGACCUGGACAAGAUUCGCCAGAGUGCGGAGAUAUUCGCCGAGGCGUACCCGCUGUCGCCGGAGAUUUGGCUGCGCUGGUUGAAGAUUGAGGUGGCCAUUGGGAAUUCGCCGGACGAGCUGCGCCAGGCGGACCGGUUGUUCCGGCGUGCCCUUGGGGAUUACUAUUCGGUUGAGGUGGCGCAGGAGUACGCGAACCUGGCGGCGAAGGCGGACGCCGAGUUGGCCGACACGAUUUGGGACGCGCUGAUUCCGGCGUACGGUCUGCACGUGACCAAGGGUCGAACGAUUUUCGAAGCGUACCGCGAGGACCACCUGGCCAAGAACGGGGAUGGCCCGGAGCAGUUGAACCGGUUGGCACGGAUCUACGAGCAGGAGUUGAAGAUUCCGUUGCGGAACAUGGAGGACUCCCACAUCGAGUACAAACUGCUGUGCGAGAAGCACAAGACCGUGCUCGUAGAUUUAAACCCCGAGAAGUUCGAACGUCGUUACCGUCAGGCAAAAGAUCUGCUCCAGAAGAUGAUGCCGUACGAGAAUCGGUUGGCCGCGCUUGAGCCGCACUGUCACCAGGAACGAGCCGAUUUGUACCGGGAGUACAUCCGCGAGUGCCGUUCCCAGCUGGAGGACGACGAUCUGCAGGUUCUGUACGAGCGAUCCUGCACCGAUUGCUGCCUGGAUCCGACGGUUUGGACCGACUAUCUCAAGUAUCUGGACAAGUACCCGCCAGAUCCGGACGAGGCGGAAGCGUCUCCGGUGUUUGCCCAGUCGGUGCUGGACGUGGUCAACCGAGCGCUACGAAACUGUCCAUGGAGUGCCGAGUUGUACGUGGAGAAGAUGCGGAUCUGCGAGCGCGAGAAGCGAGGCAAGGCGGACAUUCUGAAGAUCAUGGAAGAAGUGGCGACCGUCGAGUUCCAAGCGCCGGAACCGGCCGUCAAGGUGUGGCUCGAGUACCUGACCUAUUUGCGGCGUCACGCCGACUUUGAGAACGAAAAAGAACGCGAGAUUUUGCGGUCCAACUUUGAGCUGGCCUGGAACCAGCUCGGAAGAACGUGGGGCGAACUUGCGGAUCCCGAGUGCAAGAUCCUACAGUUCUGGGGACGACUCGAGUACGGCGCGCUGAAAGAUCCACUCAAAGGUCGCGACCUGUGGCAGAGCGUGAUGGACAGUUCGGACAACAGCACGCGCGUUGGCCUCUGGAUCGAGUACGCCGAAUUGGAAGCGACUCGUGGCCUGGACGCCGUCCGCAAACUCUACCGCAAAGCGAUCGGUUCCAUCGCGCUCAACGACCCGGAAACACUCGCAGCAGCCUGGAUGCGAUUCGAACGCGUCAACGGAUCGCUCGAGCAACUAACCACCUGCCAGGAACUGUGCGUGGCCAAGGUACAAGAGUUCUACAAAUCCCUCGGCAACCAAAAGCCACCCAAAGGUCGACGAUCAGAUCCCAAAAAAGACGCCGACCAAAGCGAUUCCCCAAAAAAGAAACCCAUCAAGCGAACCCACGACGAACACGAGUUCAAAAAGCCCGCCGUCCCGUCCCUCCCCCGCCAGAAACCCGAACCAACCAUCGAAGAAAACACCAAACGCAUCCGCCUCGAAGAGGAACCCAUCCCCGCAAAACCCGAAAUCGACCCAACCAAAGACGUCAAACGCGUCUUCAUCAGCAACCUGAGCUUCGACGCGACCGAGGACCAAAUCCGCGCCUGCUUCCCCGAACUCAACUUCAAAUCCAUCGAACUCGUCCAAUCCUCCAGCGGCAAAAGCCGCGGCUUCGGCUACGCCGAACUCAACCACGAAGCCGACGUCCAAAAAGCCCUCACCCUGGACCGACGCCCCCUCAACGGCCGUCCCGUCUUCAUCUCCUCCCUCGCCCGCGACAAAUCCGCCCGCCCCAACAAGUUCAAGUACUCGGAGCGCUUUGAGCCGAACAAACUGUUCGUCAAGGGGCUCCCCUUCGAGGCAACCCCCGACGACAUCCGGAAGCUGUUUGAGCCGCACGGCAAGCUGAAGGACGUCCGCGUCGUCUACUACCGCAGCGGAAAGUCGAAGGGGCUGGCGUACGUGGAGUACGAGAGCGAGGCGGCGGCCAAGAGCGCCGUCGUGCACAUGGACCAGUACUGUAUGGAUGGGUUUACCAUUUCGGUGGAUCUGUCGGCGCCGCCACCGAGGGGAAAUCCAACGGCGGCGACGGGUGGCGCACCGGACGCGGACGCUGGCGGGAGCAGUUUGGGCGGAGGCAAGCGGCACGUCGUGAAGGGGGACGUCAAACAAAAGCUGUCCACGCUGAUUCCGACGGCGCUGCUGCGAAAGACGACCGUUUCCACCCCGGCCGGCCAGGUCCCGACCGGAAGUGCCACCCCCAGCGCCAAACCAAAGUCCAACGAGGAUUUUCGUAAAAUGUUGUUGAAGUGAAUUUAUUCCACCAUUAUUAUAAUUAUUAUUAUAUUUUCAUUGUUCUUCUCAUAUAUAUGUUCCUAACAUUGUGCUUGUGUGUGUUACACCUACCGCCUUUUUCCCCCGCCGGAAGAUUUUCUUUUCUGUUCUACACAAAGAAACAAAAACAAACAAAACUAUAACCAGACGUUGAUUUAGAGCUACCGCAGAAUAUAAUGUUGUAUUCUUCAGAUAAAAUUGUAACAAAUAAAGAGUAGAGUACACGCG